AUGUCUACCUUAUCGCCCGAAUUGGGCGAAAAGGCACCCUCAUCGGGUCGAUUGUCCGUGCCUCCUACUGAUAUCGAGUCCUCAGCAACAUCUACCACUGAAAGUGUCAUCAAAAUCGAAGCACCGGCACCAGUUCGCACUGUAACUGGAGUAAAGUGGUUCCUCUUGGUUCUUUCCGUUCUCUCUUCGACCUUUCUCUUCGCCCUCGACAAUACCGUAGUCGCCGAUAUCCAAGCCUCAGUUAUUGCUCGCUUCGGUGAGAUUGAAAAGCUCAGCUGGCUGGGUAUCGCCUUCAUCCUCGCUGGUUGCUCUACAAUCCUCACCUGGUCCAAGGCCUACGGCACCUUCAAUCCAAAAUGGCUUUACAUCGGCUCCGUUAUUGUCUUUGAGGGAGGCAGCGCCCUGUGUGGUGGUGCACCCAACAUGAACGCCCUAAUUAUUGGAAGAGCCAUUGCCGGGGUUGGCGGUUCGGGUAUGUACCUUGGGACAUUAACGCUCCUAACCAUCACGACUACUGUCCACGAAAGGCCGACCUAUAUCGGUCUCACAGGGCUUAUGUGGGGUAUUGGCACUGUCCUCGGCCCGGUUGUUGGUGGUGCUUUUGCAGAGAGCUCAGCGACAUGGAGAUGGGCGUUUUACAUCAACCUCCUUAUCGGUGCCGCCUUUGCACCCGUCUAUUUUAUGCUUCUUCCAGGCAUCGACCCACACCCUCAGGUCACGGUUAUGGACCGUGUCAAGAAACUUGAUUUCUUGGGCAUUAUUCUCAAUAUUGGCUGGCUGUGCUGUAUCAUCAUGGCUGUUAACUUUGGCGGAACAGUGUAUGAUUGGGAUAGUGGUCAAAUUAUAGCAUUGUUUGUUGUCGGUGGUGUGUUGAUUGUUGUGUUUGCUAUCACGCAAACACUAUGUGUGUUUACGACUGUAGAGGAUAGGGUGUUCCCGGUGCAGUUUGUAACCAGGCCAUUCAUGUGUCUCUUGUUUGCCAUGAUGGCUUCUGCUGGAACUGCAAUCUUUAUUCCAACAUACUACAUCCCACUCUUCUUCCAAUUCGUAAGGGGCGACAGUCCCCUUGACGCGGCAGUGCGUCUCCUCCCGUUCAUUUUGAUCCUCGUAUUCUUCUGCAUCGUCAACGGUGCCGGGAUGACAAAAACGGGGUACUACAUGCCCUGGUACCUCAUCGGCGGCAUUGGCGUCGUUAUCGGUGGUGCCCUCAUGUUCGUCGUCUCCGAGUCCACCAGCACUGCUGAAAUCUAUGGGUACACUAUCCUUAUCGGCUUCGGCGCCGGCUGCUUUAUUCAAGCUAGUUUCUCCGUCGCGCAGGCCAAAGUAGAACCCAAUGAAGUGCCGCUCACCGUCGGCUUCAUAUCCCUUGCACAGUCAUUCGGUAUCGUGAUAGCGCUUGCAAUCUCAGGGUCGGUGUUCCUGAAUGAGGCAUUUAAAGGUAUGGCAGAGAUCCUACCGGGGGUACCGAGAGAUACAGUCAAGGGUGCCAUUGCUGGGGCUGGUAGUGCAUUCUUUGAAAGUUUAGAUGAGAGCAAGAGGGGCGAGGUGCUUCAUGCUAUUAUAGAUGCGAUGGGCAAGACUUACAUCUUGGUUAUUGUGGCGGGGGCUGUGGUGACUGUAGGGUCGAUCUUUAUGCCGAGAGAGAAAUUGUUCUUGGAGGCUGGACAUGUUGGUUAA